UUAUGUGAAUUUUAUGCAAUUUUAUGUGAAUUUUAUGCAAUUUUAUGUGAAUAGAAGCACCGCGCGGCUGUGUGCGCAGCGUCCUUCCAGCCGGGGGCAGACACCUCCGCUCCGCCAGGGGGCGCUGUGGGAUCGCGGCGGCCGCCUGCUCUGCCGGAGCGGAGCGCGGGCUGCGUUGUCUGCUCCGUUGGCCGCCAUGGAGCCGGGCAGCGGGGAGCGGGUCGGGCCGUGGGGCGUGUGCGAGGAGACCGCCAUCCUGCACGGCGGCUUCCUGCUGGCCUCCAGGCUCCUGCAGCCGCGGCCGUUGAGGGAGCUGCUCAAAGCCGAAUGGCCGCUCGUCGGGCCGCCCAUCACCGACGCGCUGAGGGAGAUCGGGGCCCGCUGCCCUUCACCGCGGCAGCACGGGCUGUGGAAGAAGGAGGCCGUGGCCAUCGUGUGGGCCAAGGUGCUUCUGCCCGCCCCGCCCGCCGCCUCCCUGGACCAGGAGUGGAAGGAAGACGCCUUUUUCUCCGUGGGAGCGAUGAUCCCCGACGUGAACCGCACCGUUCUCUUCGAGCUGGUGAAGGCCCUGGGCGCUCCCCGGCUCUUCGUGCAGUUACUGCUGGCGCUGCCCCCCGACGUGAGCCGGGCUGAGCUGCGGCACCUGGUGCAAUAUGUCAGCCACGAGACGGCCCCGUCGGAUGUCACAUUGCUCAUGGAUGUGUGGUGGGAGGCGCUGAGACAACAGCCGGAUCCGGAGGACAGCACGGUGGCUGCAUUCGGCUCCCUGGUGCGUGAGCACGGCUGUGAGUGCGCUCUGGAUGACGGCUUGCAGCCCCCAAAGAGGUUCAAGGGGGACCCCAGCUCUCUGAAUGGCCCUCCUGCUGCAGACAGCCUGCUUGGGGUCCUCAUAGAGGGGUUAAAGCAAAGCUACGGCAGCAUCACCUCACCCCGCAUGAAGUGCUACGCCCUGGGCAACCUGGUGGAGCUGCUGUCUGUGUUCACCGAGCUGAAGCCACAGGGCAGCCCCCUCCCUGUUGCAGAGUACCUGGCCAAGGUCAGCUCAGUGGUCGGCCUCUGGAGCAGUGACACUGAAAGCCAGCACCACCACAGCGAGCUGGAUGAGAAAGUGAAGGAAGCUGAGAGGACCAUGAGCUUCUCAUCCAUGGCCAAGCUGUCGCAUGAAGAACUCAUAGCUGGCUUGGACUUUCUUCACAGCUUGUUGUGUGCCUGGGGAGAGGAGCUGCGGGGUGUCCUGAACAGCUCAGAGAAUCAAUGCUAUGAGAGCUACUGGCUCCUUGAUACUCUUUCCACCUUCAGGAAGAUCCUGGUUCGCUUCUCUGAGACUGGAGACCUGAGUGAGGAUGAGAUGCGUGUUGCAUUACAACUGGCACAGACAGUUGAUGGCUUUCUCACAGAGAUCAGCACCACCCAGAAGAACAAGGAUUUGGACACCAGCCUUGAAUCCUCAGUUGCCAUGAUAAUCAUUGAGCAAAAGCUGCACCGGCACAUGGAAGUGUGCUCCAUUUUUGCUUCUGAAAAGACCUGGGCCUUUUCAAAGGGCUGGGUUGACUGCCUUGUGAAAAACAAGGUUCUUUUCCAGAAACCAGAGCUGGUUUGGAAAUUGCUGGAGACUCUGGUGAACUUUGCCACAUCCUGUGAAGGCCGUGAGGCCCGGGAGAUGCAGAUGCAAAUGAUCAAAGCCAUUGUGGAGUGUUACAGUGAGCUUCCAUUAACAGACAAAAACAAAGUGAUCUCGGGUGUCCUGGAGGCUUGGGGUGGGCCAGGGCUCUCCCUGAACUUGCAGGUUGUCAUGGAUGGGUUCCAGGAGGACCUCAAUGUGACUUUCAACCAGAUCACUAAAAGCUUAUCUGAUGAAGGCAUUACCAGGGCUGUGGCUGCUGUGGCUAGGCUUGCUCUGCUGCACCCUGAGGCCACUGUGAAGCAGAUUUGUAGUCUUGCUGUAGUCAACCUAGGAGCACAUCAGUUCCUGGCGCAAAUCCUCUGCUCUUUCCCAGCUCUGAGCUUCCUGGAGACUCAUGAUGGUCCAGGCAGCCUGGUGGUACGGUGCCUGAAGGAGGCAGCAUGGGAAAAGCUUUCCUCUGCAAGGGAGGAGGAACAGUUUCUUGAGUUUUUGGCCUUUCUCCUGCAGCCAAGUUCAGCUGCCCCACUCGUAUCACCUGCAGAAGUGACCAAAGCUUUUGUCCUUCCCUAUUUGAAAUCAGACUGUGCUCAAAUUGAGCUGAGCCUGCAGAUCCUCAGUAAAGUUUUGGGAAUACGGUCCUACCCAGAAGAGCACUGGAUCAAGUCCUGCCACCCGUUCCCACUUCUCCUCAGCCUCUGCAAGCUUCUAGAUGGCUACACAAAGUACUGGCAUCAGCCUAAGGACCAGCUCUUCCCAUCCCUGGAGAUCAAAGACCUGGUGCUGAGUGUCCUCAGCCAGCUCUGUGAGGUCGUGACUCCAGAAACUGCCUCCUCCCCAGAGGUUUGGGUCCAGUCUCUGGCCUGGCUUCACAGGAAGGUGGCAUCGCUGGACUGGACCAUUGGUCUCCGACUGAAGAAGUUUUAUGGAGACCACUUCAAGAAUGAGGUCCCAGCGACGCUAUUUGAGAUCUGCACAUUCCCUGAAGAUGAAUGGACAUCCCAGCCUUUGCCAGCCUACGGGCCGGGCAGUGGACUGCUGGCAUGGAUGGAGUGCUGCUGUGUGUCCACUGAGCUCAGAGAGACGAUGCUCUCACUCCUCAUGGUCAACGUGGACAACCCCGAGGAAGUGAAUCUCUUCAGCAAAGGCUUCCUGGUGGCCCUCAUACAGGUCCUCCCUUGGUGCAGCCACGGUGAAUGGAAGAGGCUUGUGCAUGUGGUCACAAACCUGCUGGAGAGGCAAGUGUUGCACGUGCCGUACACACUGGAGUAUGUGCAGUACAUGCCCCUGCUGAACCUCCGGCCAUUUGCCUGCUACCUCCAGCUCUCCGUGCUCUUCCUGCGGGGCUUCCAGCUCCUCUGCAGCUCCAGCUGUUCCAACUGGUUGCCACCACAGGCUUGGCUCCAUGUGGUCCAACUGUACUGCAGCAGCCUCACAGACCUGCUGAGCUCCAUCAAGAGCACCACAGGGCCCCCCUUGCACCCUGCUGAGCACAGGAGCUCCGGGGAGGAGGUGUCCUUUGUCUGCAUCCAGGUGUUUUGCCACCUCCUGCACAUUGCAGCCAUGCUGCCUCCAGACAGUGAGUGUAGUGAGCCGCUGGUGGUGGUGGCCUUGGAGGUCCUCUCUCAGUAUGAGGUAUUCAGUUCUGCUGAUACGUCCCCCAGCAACGUACUGAGGAGAGCCAAUGAGAAGCAUUUCCUGGAGUCCAUCACUGACAAUAUCAGUGACAAGGCUUUGCGCAGCCCCCUCCUGCAGAAGCUCAGCAAGCUGGGUGCUUAGGGCAGCCUGCUUGGCCAGGGACAGCACGAAGAGCCGAAGGGAGAAUCAGGAGAGCACUGACCCUGCUGCAAGGGACCACUAUGUGGAAAACUGUAAGAUCCGUAAUAAACCUCAUCUAUUUUUCACUUUUGAACUAAUUUCUUCCCUGCUCUGUUCCCUCCAAACCUGUCUAAACAGCAAAGCAGCCACAUAAACAGCUGUAGACACAACUACUGCUGCUGCGAGCUCAGUCCCUUGGCCCCAACCUUGCUUAAUAUUGGUCUGGAGUUUCACUGUGCUCACAAAAAGCCUCUGGCACCAGGAAAGUACUUCUGUCAGGCUGUCCUCUCCUCGCUGUGGCUGCACUGCUGUUUGUGCCAAAGCAGGAUGCUCUGCGGGAUGAGCAGGCACCUUGGGCAAUAGGUGUGGGCUGCUGCCCCAGGGUGGGUGCACAGUGGCAAACUGCUGCCUAAAUGCCUCCCCACCCAGCAAUGAAUGGCACGUGGGAGGGAGGCAUCCGGUGGUGUGACUCAAGAAAGAAGUCUUUAUUGAUCUCUUCUGAUAGGUACAGUAGUAAAUAGGGCAGUGUUAGUGCAAACUGAGAUGCCUCAGUGACUGUCUUUACAUAAGGCACAUUAUCUGUAAUAAAAACAGCAAUAUACAAAUAUUUGCAAUGGGUAGCAAGCGGUUUAUAACAGCAGCUUGUCUCAAUGGUUAAUGUAACAGUAGUGCUUGUGCAAUAACCGACUGCGUGCUGGAAGAGGCUUUUGUAAAAUCAUUAUUAUUCUUUCCAGCCUGUACAGCCAUGGCUGGGACAAGAUCUGACACCCAGAAGAAAUGGUUCUCCCAGCCUGGGCCCCUUCCAGCCAUCCUUUUUAGCUUUUAGACAGAAUGAAAGGCACAGAGUGGGUGCUGGUCUAUCAACUGCUGGUGCAGCUGGAUGCUCUGGAACAGAGGAAACUCCAGGCUUGUGCAGGAGGCUGUGGGGAGGACCUGGCUGCUCAGUUUUAUGCUGUGUUCAGAGAAAGAAGGGCACCUGUCCAGUUUGUGUAUGUCUGCUGGUGGUGCUGGUUCCUCACGCACUGAGCAGUUCCUUCCCUGCCAGGUUCAGGCAGGUCUCCCUUUGUAGGGGACCAGGAUGGGGCAGGAAGGACAGAGCUGGAGCUCAGGCUGUACCCAGAGUGCUGCUGGUGUCAGCUGAAGGGAGAGCAGGGGCAAGGAAACAUGUUGGGCUUUCAGUUACCUGAUAGAGGUAAUGAGGCAGAUGAACCCAUCCCCUUAUGCAACUGCAGCCAGGCAAGGGGGUUGAAACCAGCCAUCACCUGCCAUAGAAGGGCUCUGUGUUGGUGGGAUAGGGACUUUGCAAUCUCCUGCCCUUCAGUGAUGGCUCUUGCCUGCCUGGCUUGCUCUGACAGAGUGCAACCAAUCCUUGGAUCCUGCUGGGGCUCCAGAGCUGCCCUACUCCCUGUCAGCCACAGACAUCACAGUGGUACUGAAAAUCCCCUUCGAGUUAAGUGGAGAGUCCUAAGUAAGCUUGAGCCCAGCAGCAGCAAGGUGUGGGCAAGUCAGAAGCUGAAUGCAACUGUAGUGUAAAGGCACCAUUGGGGAACAGGCUGUGCAGAAUCACAGGGCCUGGUUUUGCUCCCUGCUGGAGGAGCAGAUCUGAGCCCAGCAGGGACAGCACGCAGCUCCCACAUCCCCAGCACUGCUGCUUGGGGCUGGGCAUGCUCCAGCAUCGCCUACACUGCUGCAUCCACUCCAUGAGAUCCUUUGUGCAGUGCCUCACUCUGUGCUGCCAUCAGCUCUGAAAGAUGAGGGAUCUGUAACAGUCCCUUCUCAUGUAACCAUUAGUUUGGUGCUGCAGCAUUGAACCCUAGAAGGAAUGUUAUGCUUAUGGGGAGACCUCUUCCUUGCUCAAGGUGCAGGAGCAGCGUGGGAGGAAAGUCCCCCUAGUUGAGACCAGCACUGCUGACAGCAGGGCUGCCUCAUGGCAUCGAUGCUGCUGUGCUCCCACGAUGGUUCCUGCAGCUCUGACUUUGCAGGCAGAAGAGCUGUGGGGGGGAACAACCCUUCUCCAGCCCUCGUGCUCCGCCAGCCAUUACCUGCUCUUGUCAGCAGGUGAGCUGCCGUAGAGGCGGACGGCUUUGCGGCAGAUGAGUGUGAACCAGUAGAGCUGCGGGGCGAUGAGGGAGGCGUUGGCUAUGUUGCAGUGCAGGGGGAUGCGGAAAGGCACCAUGUAAACAGGGAUUCCCAUCUGCCUGCCAUAGGCUGCGUACAUGAAGGGGAAGAGGAGAAUACGGCAGAGGAAGAAAGUCACCAGGAUGAGGAUCCCGUUCACCUUGUGCAGCAGCGUGUCCUGCAUCUUCAGCUGGGAAAGGAAGAAGGCGAGCAUAGGCCUUAACUCUGUGAUCAAUGAGUUCGGUGGGUUUAUCUGGACAAGGAGCCUCAGCUCAGCCAUCCCAGAGGAAAGCUAUGUGAAACAGCAACAGAACAAUGGGUGAUUCCUGAGUGCAGGCACUGAGUGGGGCACGGCUGCCUUUAUCGAGUCAGUGCCAUUCAGUGCCUGCCCGAGCCAUGCAAUUAACCCUGCAUCAGGAGCAAAGCCACAGUGCAAACAGCACGAGGUAAUCCUCUGUGCCCUACGCCCUGCAUCCGGAGCUGAUGGUAGGAACAACACCGUGACCGUCUGUGUCAGCUGCCCACCCAGGUGAGUGAGUGUAACACACCCAGAAAGCUGAGUUAAUGAAAGAUGCCCAGGCUUUGGAGAGUGAAGUGCAAAGCUUGUAAUAGCGGCAAUAAAUCCCUGGGAGACGU